AUGAAGGCAAAUAAUUUGGCCCGACCUCGUCAGACCAGAGAGCAGAGGGGGUGUAGCAGUGGCUCCAGCGGACACAUCGAAGGGGGUAGAAACGCCCAUGGUACUGGUGACCUCACGGGGGAUGAAGCAGGAAGGGGCACAGAAAAGCGAAAUCAAAAUGGAUCCAUAAAGGGGACCCAUAAAGGAGAAUCAAACGACGCCCUAAACGAUGUCAUCAGCAGAUACUUAACGAAUGUCGGCUGUCAGGAAGAGGUUUGCUCAAUGGAUAACGCCAAGGGCAUUGUGGCCAACACGCUGGUGGAGGACGUAUACCCGUAUAGCGACCUCUACGCCAUCGGUGGUGUGGAAAGCUAUGCGGAACAUCCGGACAACCCGGACUUUGUGGCCUUCACUGGCAGAAGGAACUUUAUGGUUAGCCAAACGGAUGAAGCUACUACCGCGGAAGGUAGCCAAAACAAUAACACAGCCGCAGCGCAGAUGAGAAAACGAAACGGUGAACACAUGAUACACCCAAAUGGAGAUUCACUCGGAAGUCAGAACAGUCACCGCAAUUAUAUAGAUACAGUGAAUAGCAUGAGUGGAAAUUACGACCCAUAUGGAGCUGCCGUCCAAAAUUUUCAUUACCAAAGUGAGGAAGAGUUCGCUCAUGACGGGAAUGCAAAUGAUGUGGAUGGCUACAAUGAGACGUACAGCGAAAUGAAGAACCUCCUUCCAGAACCACCGCAGAAAAGAAAAACGUAUGCAGAGAAUAUGGACACGUAUGGACCUACGAGCAAAAUGAGAAAGGGAAUUAACAGUAAUUACCCAGUGGAAGAGACGCACAAUAAUAGAAGAAACAAUUUGGGGGGAAAAGAAAACAACCGAUAUAGAAGUAACUCCCAGUGGAAAGCAAGAGGAGGUCCUCUAUACCACAGAGAAACUUCUGGGCUGUAUAAAGGGGCCUUCAAAAAAUGGGAAGGUGACCAACUUGACAGCACAGAAAGAGAGGAAGCAGGACAGGGAGAGGAUGAGAGGCACAAUGUGCUCGAUAAAAAACGAUUCGUGAGCAAAUGGGAUACCGUUGAUGAGGGGGCUAACAAUCACAACGGUGCUCCCCGGGGGGAGACAUGUUAUGAUGACUCCAGAGGGAAUUACCUAUUGAGGGGUGGAUCCAGUCAGUUUGGUAGAGGCACACGAGGUCAGCCUGUAAGGGGUGUGCCCAGUCAUUUCGCCAGAGGGAGGGCAACUCAGUACGGAAGAGGCAGGCCAACUCAGCAUGGAAGAGGUAGGCCAACUCAGUACAGUAGAGGUAGACCACCCCGUCAUGUAGAGAGCGAGAGGAGGUCCAAUCAUUUGGAAGUGGAGGGGAGAGUCAAUCAUUCGGAAGUGGAUGGGAGGUCCAAUCAUUCCGAAGUGCGAGGGAGCUCCAAUCAUUAUGAACAUGGCCGUCCUAGCCAGCAAGACUAUGACGGGUCCAAUCAGCGUGACCCCGAGAGCCUGAAUCCCUACCGGAAAGAUCAACUCAGUCAAUACCCUCCAGAUAAACCCAACAAGUAUGACUCCGAGAGGUUGAAUCGAUACGGACACAACCGAUCCAACCACCAUGGGCAGGACCACUCCACUCUGCACGACCAAUCUAGUCUCCACGAUCCACAUAAACCUAAUCGACAUGGGUAUGACCAACACAGUAAAUACGACAAUGGCGGGGCUGGUCAGUAUAGCCACAAUAAACCCGGCCACCUUAGCCAUGAUAAACCCGGUCACCUUAGCCAUGAUAAACCUAGCCAUCUUAGCCAUGAUGAACCCAAUAAAUAUAACCUCGAUAGCUCCUCCAAAUAUGACGCAGAUAGACCCAAUGAUUAUGGCAGUAAUAGGUCCACUGAGGAUGACUAUGACCGAUUCAGUAAAUACAACAAUGAUCAGCCGAAUCAAUACGGUUAUAACGGAUCCAGUCAAUAUAACCCUAAUAAAACGAAUCAGCACGAUCGUGACGGGGCUAUUCAGUAUGAGCGUAGCCCAACGAAUCAGUAUAAUGGGGGACACACCAAUCAGUAUAAUCGGGGACACACCGAUCUGUAUAAUCCGGGACAGACCGAUCAGUAUGAGUACGGCCAAACCAAUCAGUAUAACACUAAUAAACCCAGUCAUUACGACCGCUAUCAAAUGAAUCAGUACCGUCAUGGCCAGUCCAGCCAAUACCACCACGGCCAUCGAAAUGAAGCCGAAGAAAAUCGUGACAUCUACCGAGGGAAGAAAUACAAAUGCAACAUAUUUGACGAAGAGUGCUACAUCAUCGAGUGCAAAUGUUACGGAAGCGAAAAGAUCGAGGUGCCAGGGCCGCUUAGCAGCAUGGACGACCUGUGCACCAUCUGUGGAAAUAACCUCUACAGAAACAUCUGCGAAAAGGGAUACAGCCAAAUGACGAUCGUUCAGAAGUACUCCAUCCCAAUAAUAAAGAACAAAAUGAAUUUGAUUGCGUGUUCACAAACAGGAAGUGGGAAAACUUUUUCCUUUCUUUGUCCAGUAGUGACAAAUUUGAUGCGAGACAACGACACGUUGAGGCCUCAUUUCCCCGGGGCCUACGCGUGCGUUUCUCCCCUGGGGUUGGUCCUCUGCCCCACGCGAGAGUUAGUCCUUCAAAUUUUGGACGAGGUAACUUGUGUUAACAGUUUGACGAAAGAUAUGGGGCUCGUUUGUAUGGCCUUCUAUGGAGGAGAGACGAUGAAGGACCAGAUUGUGCAGAUAAACGAACGCCAGGCAGACGUCAUCGUGUCGACCCCUGGGCGACUACUCGAUCUGAUGAACAGUUGUAAGGUCAGUCUGUCGUUUGUAAAAUAUUUAAUAUUCGACGAGGCCGACGAAAUGAUUUCCCUUGGUUUGAAGGAACAGAUGGACGCCAUUCUAUUCGAAAAUGACCUUUGUGCCAGUGAUGCUAGACAGACCAUACUGUUCACGGCGACCUUCUCUGAGAGCCUGCGGGAGGACAUCGAGAAGUUCAUGGCCACUCCGUAUGUGUUUUUGAAUAUCUCGCAGAAGAGGGAAGUGCGUAAUUCUAUUAAGGAGCAGGUCGUCAAGUACGUUCCCGCGAAGUGCAAGCAGGAGCAUCUGCUCAAGGAUCUGAAGACCCUGCAGGGACAAGCCAUCAUCUUUGUGGAGCUGAGGAGCUCAAUUAAUUACAUUUUCUCUGCUUUGAAGUCGAACGGGUAUGACGUGGAUUACCUGCAUGGGAAAAUGAAUCAGGUUCGGAGACAAGCCGUGUUUCAACAGUUCCGCGAUAAAGAAUUUCAAAUUUUAAUAGCUACCUCCAUCGCAGCAAGGGGCCUAGAUUUUCCCGACCUAGAGUUAGUAAUAAAUUAUGACCUGCCAGCCGAAUUUGAGCAGUACAUGCACAGGAUUGGUAGGACGGGGCGGAUUGGGAAAACUGGACUAGCCAUUAACUACUUUAACAGCUCGAAUAAAAAAAUCCUUGACAAGCUCAUUGACCAUUUGAAGAAGCACGACCAGAUCGUGCCCCAGUGGUUGCUCAAUUUUACCUAG